CGGCGAAGUAGCGCUGAAGUGAUGAAAAUGCACGAGACGUAGACGAGACAACGACGACAGCGCGACGACGUUCAAAUCAAUCGAAAGAGGAAAUUAUUAUUUGACUAACGCUAAUCAUAAAGUGGUUAAAAAUCGGAAAAAAACGUGAGUGCAGAAAUUUCUAAAACAAGCAUAUUGGAAAGUGCAAAAAAUUCGUUUCGGAUUUUGUAGACGUGUAAAAUUUCAUUGCCGUCUUAUUGCGGCAGGUGCGCUGAAAGUCGCGAGUUGCGCCGUCGUCGAAAUCGAAACCAAAAACGUCGAUACAAAGCAUCGAAAUAUUUCGUGUGGAAAAUAACCGCACAGAAAUAUAAAUUAAAUCAAUUUUGGGCUUAUGUGCUUAGAAUAAUAUCAAAUUAUAAAAUAUGUGUGCUAAGUGUAGUGCAUAUUGCUCUUUAUUGAGAAUGUAGUGGUGCUGGGCGCCUCUCCGCCUGGAAGUGCAAUUAACAUUUGAAUUUUCAAUUUAAGUGUAAAUAAUCUAUUUUUUAUACGUGUACGUGUGUGUGCAAUUCCAUAUUGCACCGAAAAGCAAAAAAAUUCCGAAGUCAUCGGGUACCACAACGUUACAACGUCUCAAGGCCAAGGCUGCAGGUGGUAGCGUAAAACGCAGUCGAACAAGCAACGCAGCGGCUGGGACAACAGUAACAUCUAGUAAUAGGGGAAGUAGUGGGAUUGGAGGAAGUGCCCGUGCAGCGGGUGGUCGUAAAUUUACUGCAAACAGUAUAACACAAUUGCAACGAAGUGGCGGCGGUGCUGGUCAGUGGUCAGCAGGGACGGCGGCGACGACGGCUGGAGCGGGUGUUAGCACCGGAGUCAGUUCCUUUACAACGGCAUCCGAUACAUCUUUGCUGGCUGAAAGAGAAUCGGCGUUUUUGCAAGGUUUUCAAUCACCAAACUAUAACACCACAAAAUCAUAUCAGCAACAACAAAACCAGUCCACUUACAACAAUUCCCUCUAUAACACCAAUAAUAACGCCAGUGCCAAUUAUUCAAAUCACUCAAAUUACGCAAAUACAUCAUCGUCAUCUCCACACACAACGACAACGCCUCAUAACAAGCUUCCAACCGCAGGUGUUGGUUCAACGGCGAUGAUGAUGACCAAACAUAAAAGCUCGCUCGCAGAGCGCCUUAACAUUGGAGACGAGGUGCGCGAUUUAAAGCUUGGCUGCACAUACAAUCCAAAAAAUACAACGACGGCCUUUCACACUAUCAAAUAUGACUUCAAGCCAGCAAGUGUGGACAAAAGUAAAGUCGCUUUAGUGGACGUCGGCUCCAAUAAUCAAGUUACCGUUACCGUGCCAAAUUUAGUAAGCUCCGGUGUGCCUCAUACAGUUUAUAAGGGAAACCAUAGAAAAUACACAAAAGAAUGUUUGUUAAUUUACGAUCGAAAAACCGGUGGUAUUACGUUCGAGAAGUUAAAUCAUAAUAUUCAAGUAAAAAAGACGAGGAGUGAGAUGACAAACAAACCAAGUGCGAUAGCUGCUAGCGCGAAUGUAGCACCGCAGCAAAAACUAGAGAAUAGUACGAUGCGCAUCACAUCGAAGACGAAAGUGUCGACAGGGAGUCGUCGUAAUAAUAUAAUUGAUUUUAAGCCAAGAAACUCGCCAUCCGCAUCAGCGUCCCCGUCUGCACCGCCAUCCAUACACAAAAGUCCACAAUCAGCGCCGGCCUGGAAUGCGAAUAAUACGCAAGCCACGCUGCCCAGCAUUCCAAUGAUCUUCGAUGACGACGAUGAUGGCAUGUUUGGACUGACCGCCGCCGCCACCGGCAAUAGUCAAACGCAUGGUGGCAGUGGCAGUGAUGCGGCAAAUAUGUCUUCAUCGUCCUCCGCGUCGAGUCAUAACAAUUCAGCGCACGAUUAUCACAUGCAAAUGCAGCAGCAGCAGCAGCAACAGCAACCGGCGCCGACCAAACAGUCUAAGCAAUCGCAUCGCAACAAUCAGAAACGGCAAAACAAUUUGAACGCAGCGACGGCGACGUCUGCCACGAAUGCGGUGCCAAUAGCACAGAGUCAUUGCAAACAGACGAAGCACAACCGCAUAGAGCAACGAACUUCCUCGCCACAAACUUUUGCACAGCAGCAGCAGCAGCAGCAAAGGCAGCAACAGCACAAUCUCUACCAACAGCCACAACAGCAAUCCAACAACAAUCGCAUGUACCCGACCAACUCAUCGUCCUCAAUGCAAAUGUCUAACGGUGUCACUGGUGGCUAUCACAAUAGCAACAAUAUGUCCAUGGGCAAUCAAAUGUUGCACCAUCAUCAGACACAACAACAACACAAUAUGCCAGGCAUGUCAUCGCCGCAUGACAGCGACGCAGCCAUGGCUAGUGCGGCGGCGCAGCUCGAACAGCAAAUACGUGGUCUUAGCUCAUCCAGUUCGAGUUCCAGCUCGGAUUCGAGCGGCAGUGAUUGUGCCAGCGACUCUGACGACAGCAGUGAUGAAGAGGAUCAACAACAACAACAACAGGCGCAACAUCAAAUGCAUCAAUUGCCCAAUUUGAUGUCCGCGUUACCACCAAUGUCUACAACUGCGCCACAAUACAAUCGCAAUACGCCUUCGUCUGGCUAUGCGUCUAAUAAUAGCCACACCAACAAUAAUGGUGCAUUUACAAGUGAUUUGCUGCAAAACGAUCUGCAAUUAUCAUCGAACUCUUCCGAUGAAGAUGAUUAGUAGAAUAUAUUUAUAUAGAAUUACACACGCGCUACAUUAAAAAAAGUAUAUGAAAAAUAUAAAAACAACUAAAAUAUACAAUUACAUGCACAUAGGAAUAUUUGUUUGCUAUAUAUACAAUUUUUUUUUUAUUUCUUGAAUAUAAUGUGCGUAUGUAUUUUAAGCGUAUUGCUUUAGCUAUGGAUUAUACUUUAGGCAACUAAUUUUGUUUAGGAGUUUCUUUUUUAAAUUAAUAAUAAUAUUAUAUAUAUUUAUAAAUUGAAUUUCAAAUUUGCAUAACGCUUGCAAAACUGAGCAUACAUACUCUUUUUUUUAAUGUAUAUGAAAUUAAAAUGCUGAAUUUAUUUGCAAUUGUAAUAUAAACAACAACAAAACGCAGUGCGAACGAAGCUAGGGUGGAAGGGAGUGAGGAAGUUAAUUUAAUACUAGUAAAAUUUAAAAGCAAACCUUAGCAAGGCAACAUUGCACACUAAAUGCAUGUAUGUAGUAGGUCUAGAAAUCUAUAAAGCGCAAAUAAGUACCAAGUGAGGCAUAGCAAGUUGAAGGCGAACUUUUGUAGAAAGCAGUGCUUUAAGUGGAAAUCAUUAAAAAAUUGCAAAUAAAAUAGUGUAGUUGCAAAUAACAACAACAACAUAGUAAAAUAACGCAAAAAUGCCAAUUUGUACAUAAAACUAAAUAAUAUUUUCGGUCACUUAAUUUUAUACAAAAUAAGUUCAGUUCCACAAAAAUGUUUUGUGUGCUACGUGAAUCAUUCAAAUAGUGAAGUUUAUGUGCAUAAGUCCAAAGUAGCAAAAAACUUACAGCAAAUAUGCAAUCAGCAACGGUGCAGGAUUAAGAGAUUGAUAAAAACAAAAACAAAACGAAAAAUAAUUUGCCUAAUUUAGUAACAUAUAAGCAAACAUACAUACAUAAAAAACCAUUUACAAUGAAAUGCUAUACAUACAUAAAUCAUGAAUGAAGUGUAAUAUGAAAGAAAAACGAAUGAGAGAGAGAGAGAGAUUUUGCAAAAUUACGCAAUUUAUUUAUUUAUUAGUGCUUUUUGCUUAUUGGCGCGCUGAAUUGUUUGCUACACAAAUGUGACAGAAUGUUAAAAGGGAUAAAGUUGGCUUAAGUGCGGUUAGGUAUUUUGCUUUUUACCAGAAAUCUGCGCAUAGUUGUUAUAACUAUAUUUGAUAUUGAAAUCGAUUGAUUGAAGCAACGGAUAAAUUAAUCUGGAAGCUAAAACUCAAAGGAUAAUUGAAAUUUCUCUUACUAACCUAAGUCGACUUCAACCAGUUUGACAUAUUGCAACACUUAUGGCAUAUUAUAAGGUACUGUCGAAUUUUAAAUAACAAAGAAAAUUUACUUUUUUUUUACAAUUUUUGUUAUUACCAAUUAUUAUUUCACUGAGAAUAGCCUAAAAAAUUGUGCGAAAAUUAUUCACAGUUUAAUGCAAUAUAAAUAUGGUAAAUAUGGCCGUUUUUAUUUUUAGCAUAAAGCAAUAGUUUACUAAGUGCUGUGUGUUUCUUACAUUCAUUUAAUUUUCAGACUUAUUUCUCCAACUAGAUAAUGUCUUAAUUGAAAUAUUGAAUUUUCGAAAUUUAAUUAUAGCAUAAAUCUACAAGUAGCACAAAAACUUGUUUGUAUAUAUUAUUUUUUUUAGUAGUUAUUUGCGAAAUUAUGGUUUGUUUUAUUUAUUUAUUCAAUUAAAUUAUGUUUUUUAAAUAUACUCACUAGAAAAAAUCUGAAAAUUUAUUAAUUAAACAUAUUUUUCGAGAAAAUGUUGUAUGUGUGAGAGGCAUUGUGGCCACGCCACAGCGGAUUUAUUAAUAAAUUUCUAAAAAUUGCAAAAAUUAAUAUUGAAUAUUGUGGGCUUUAUUUAUGUAUAUAUAAUUUUUAAUUAAAAGCUAAAUUCGAGAAUUUAAAAAAAUAUAUACACAUUUGUAAAUAAAACCUCAUUUUUUUCUUUUGUAAUUGCCAAAAAACAAAAUAACGAAGCAAUACUCGUUCUUAAUGAACUCUUAUCGCGGUCUAUUCUAAAUACAUAUAUACACUUUUUAAUUUGCAAUUAUCGCCUUGUUAUGCUUUGCUCACUCAGCUGCCCCAGCAAAUAGCAAUCCACAUCAAAAUACAUGCAUUCACACACACAUUCAUAUAUGUAUAUAAAUAAAUGUCUAAAAAAGUUGCCAUUUCAACUGAAGAGAGGUUGUAAAAUCAAAAACAAAAUAAAUUAAAGAACAGCGCUGUUACAUUUAAACACAACAAAAAUGCUACAAAAAAUUAGUUGUAAAAAUAUUUAUAUAAUUUGAUGUUGCUUGGUGCAAUCAUGUGGAAGAAACUUGCAAAAAACAAAAACAAAGAUUAAAUAGAUACAUACAUACAUGCACUCUUCUAUUAAAAAAGACUGUGGUAUAUUUUUCUCCUGCUUUGUUUUCUUAGCCCAUUUAACCACUACAUUUGAAAUUGAAUUCUCCAUUCUCAAAUCCUGCUUAUGACGUCAUUUGCCAGUCAACUUCCAGUCAUGCCUAUGUUAGCAAAUAAUGUACUUCUUCCCCCCUUAAAAUAAAUUCUCAGCUUGACUUGUUAUAAUUUUACUAUGUUAAAUUUCAUAAAAAAAAUUUACUAACUUAAUGUUAGCGAUAAGUAUAUAAAUUUAUGUGCAUUGCUUUUAAUUGCUUUUAAUCAUUAUUAUUUUGUAAUUUGUUACAAUAAACGCAUAAAGACAUUAUUUGUUUUGUUACAUAAUUUUUUAUAUAGCGCAAAAAUAUAAUAUUAAUGAAUUUAUAUAAAUAUGAAAAUGAAUGAUUAUCAAAUUUAUUGCAAUUGAUCAAUUGUUAUUAUUGCCGAUAAUAUUUUUAUGUCUGCCACGCUACAGUCCUUAGUUUAAUUAUUAUUAUUAUUGAAUUGAUUAUUAAUUUAAAUAUGAAAAAUACUAUUACAAAAAAAUUAAUAAAUAUGCGAAGUGUAUAUAAAUGUUAAUUUUUACAUUUAUAUAUUUACUGCAAUAUAUAUGAGCAAAAAGAGAGUUUUAUUUCAAUUUUUGAUUAUCAAUAUUUUUUAUGAAUUUACUUAAAAUUAGUUUUUUUUCGUUUAAUAUACUUUCGGUAGACUUUAUAUCGUAUACAUCAGACAAUAUGUGAGUUUUGUUUUUUAUAUAACGGUGCAUAUUUGUGCUUAGAAUGAAUAAAAUAAACUUUCCCUAGACCCCAUAUAACUAGAAAGCCUUAUGUAGCUGAAGACACUUUCCUGACUAUAAUCCUUGCAAGUUGCAAGAGUAUGAAAUAUUAGGUUAUACCCGAACUUAGCUCUUUCUUACUUCUAAAAUGUAGUUUUUUCUUUAUUAUUAUUAAAUUAAAUUUUAAAUAAAUUUAGUUAUUCCCAAUAAAAAAUAUAUUUUUAUGAAAUACAUUUUAAAUAAAUAUAUAUUUUAUAAUUUUUUUAUUUAGAACUAAUAUAUACAUACAUAUUUGAUUCAAGUGAUUUGAUAUAAAUUUUUUUGUUUUUUUUUUAUUAGUUAAUUUUGAUUUUUAAUUCUUUUUUUUACUACAAUACUUUUUAAUUUUUUUUUAAUAUUGUAAUACUUUGUUUUUUGCUAUUCCUGGCGCAAAAUAUUAGUAAAUUUGGAAUUUUAUUUUUUUUUACAACUUUUUUUAUAUUUUUAUAUAUUAUUUUAUUUGUUAUUCCUGAGGCAAAUAUAAUAUUAGAAAAUUUUGAUUUUUAAUUCGUUUUUUUUACUACUUUUCUUAUCUUUUAAAGUAUAUUAUUUAUAAUUGCUUCAUUUCAGGUAAAUAUUAGGAUUUAAUACCGGUUUAAAGUUUUAUCCACUGAUUUCAUUCUGCAAUUUUGCUUAAAAAUAUAAAAAGUUUUUACUAUAAUAUUUAUGUAUUUCAGUAAAUUUUCUAGCUAACUUUAUUUUUUUUUUUCUUUGUAAAUUUUAGUAAAUGUAUUUGGAAUUUAAUUUUAAUAUUUUUUUUUUAGUUUCAUAGCUAACUAUAUGAAAAAAUGUAUACGCCAGUCGAAAGUAAAUAAAAAAAAAUCAUUAAAUGCUAAGUCAACAAUCUCAUAAGCCUCAAAGCCUAUUUAACAAAAGAAUUCCAAAAUUGAAAAAUUUAUUGAAAUAAUUUUAAAACACUAUGCCCUAAUAUUUUACUUUCAAAAGCUGAUAGUAAGAAAGUUUACAAAGAGUUAACAAAGUUUGGUUACUUUUAAUUGGACAAAAAUUUGUUAUAUUUUUAACUACUCAGAAUUUUAUUUAUUAAUGCAAAUUUUGUUGUUUUAAUUUUUUUUAAUUAGUAUGUGGUAAUAGAUGUUUAUUAAUGAUUAAAAAUUUCGUUUCGUUAGUUCGUUUUUAUUAAAAAUACUGCUUUUUCAUAAACUUGUAAUAAUUUUCCUAUUUUUUAAUUAACUUAAAAAUAUAUACAUAUUUCAAAAAUUAAUUUAAUUAUUUUUAAUUUUUUAUAAAUUUACAAUUUUAUUUUUUAGUAAUUAUACGAGAGCAAAAGCUACCGCUUAUCAACAACCGUCAUAAUAAUAAAUAACGACCGUCUAAAAUUUACUAAAUUUGUCAAUAAUAGCAUUUUGUGUCAAUUGAUUUACUUUAUUACACUAACAAUCGAUUUUACAAUGCCAUCCAUAUCUAUUUAAGAAUGCGUAUUGAUUGCAAUUUAUACUGUCCAUUAGUUGUCGUCCAUUUUUUGGCAACAUUCCCCCAAAACGUCUCAACCGAAUAUUCGUUCAACGACUAAGAACGAAAGAAAAAGUAAAAUAUAAUUAUAAGAAGGAGAAGAUAAUUCUUUUAAUUACAUGGAAAUAUCGCGCAAAAGUAUUUAGUUGGCUAAGUACCAAACUAAGCAAUAUAUAUUUUUUUUGGUUAGAAAUGACGCUGCAAGGAGUUUCCAAAAAUACUUUUUAUUAUAAUGUUAAAAAUUAUUAUAUAACAUUUUUUUCUACUUUUGCUGAUAACUCAAACAUUGUAAUUAAUAAAAAAAAAAUAAUAUUGAAGCAAAUAUUUUUUAAACAUAUUUGAGUUUCUUGUGCCUAUAUUAUUUUUUGUAAAUUCUCAAAUUUUUCUCCAAAAUAUUUUGUUGAAACUUAUCGUUAUGAAGUUACCAAUAGAAAUGUAAACUUAAGAUGGUACAUAACGAAAAUGUAAUCGACUAAUGAAACAAAAACCGAAAAAAUUAAAUAUAAAUUCUAAUAGUGCUAGUAAUAGAGAUUAAAACAAUUAAAUAAAAAAAACACAAAAACAACAAA